UGAAUGAUCGAAGCCCGAACAAUGUUUACACGAAACGAUGGCUUUAAAUUCGCCUAGAGUUCCUUCUUUCCUACACUAAACAAUGCCAGAGAAAGAGACCACGCUACCUCUAGAGCUUUGGCGAGUUGUGAUAUCUUAUCUAACUGUUAUUGAGUUGUGUCGAUGUGCUCAAGUUUGUAAGGAAUGGAGAGAACUCGUAAAAAGUUUGGAUAGCACUCGAUGGAAAACCCUUUUUCUUAGUGCUAAGAAAUGGCGGCAUCCAAAUUGGCCAAAUACUUCCAAGAAGGAACCGUCGUCUUGGAAAAAGACUUACAAAGCUCAUCAUUUAGCUUCGAAGCAAUGGAUGAGCCGUACCACUGAUGUCAAAUGUUCUCCAUUUUUGAUAUCUUUGCGUCGACGACCCGAAAGGGCAACUUUAAACGUAGGUCAAGGCAAGAAAUUCCCUACAAUACGUGAUGCAUUGAACGUCGCCUCGCCGUUCGAUCGUCUAGUUCUUCAUCCAGGUGUUUAUGAUAAACAGCACUUUCUAGUUUUGAAGUUUCCAGUAGAAAUCUACGGCGAGGGAGAGUUAGGUGAUGUUGUGUUGCAAAUGACGGUGGAGCAACAGUGCUCUUCAGCUCGCCUUGUGAAUGUUGUUGUUCUUCCAGGAACUGGAAUCUUAGUGCAAAACUCUCCAGUAAUUGUGAAGGUGGCGACAGGACAUAUUCAAAUAGAUAACUGUAUAUUUGAACAUGGUCAUAUUCAAGUUUCCUCGCCUGGAAGUAUAUCUAUUCGUUACUGCACUUUUAACCAUUCAGCCAUCAUUUUGCGUUCUGUAGGAUUUAGUCGCAUCGAAAACUGUGAAUUUGUUACCGACGACACUUCAUCAAUUAUCGUAGAAGGUAUUCCACCAAUCACAAGACAGCGUCCGGUGUCGAGACCUGUCGAAGGCUGGAUGAGGAUCAACGGAAUCGACUCGUCCGGUCUCGAGGACUUAUAUGACUUGUCUUUCCUCCGCAAUACCUCACACACACGAUCAAAGAAACAAAGCAAAGAGACUGUCAAGGACCAGCUUUCGUCUGUCGAAAAUGUCAAGAAAGUUAAAAGCGGUAACAAUUCACUCAAAGAUCUUCAAACCAAAGAAAGUCGCGUUACUAGUAUGACAACGAGCAAGUACAGUCUCUUGAAGUCCAAAGACAACAGUCUACCAAAGGGUAAACACAAAUUAGAUACUGUAAGCCGUGACAUCAUACGGUCAAUACACGGCUGUGUUAUUAGGAAUAACUUAUUUAAGACUUGUCGCGGAGCAGUUCUUGUUAGACGACGUGGACACGCGUGGAUCGAGGGUAACGAGAUGUCCGGCGUGGGACUCUCGCACGGGAUACGGUGUAUCUCAAGCGCGAAAGUCGUGGCCUUGUUUAACCGUAUUCAUAACUGCGAGACGUCAGGCAUAUUUUUCCGUGAGUCGUCGAACGGUCUCGUUGCUGGUAAUGUGAUCUAUGAGAAUAAAGAAGCUGGUGUUGAUAUACGCAGUGGUUCGAAUCCAGUACUACAACACAAUCAAAUCCAUAGUGGGAAACGAUCAGGGGUUGUCAUAUUGGAUCGCGGUCGAGGACUGAUACGGGACAAUGACAUCUUUGAUAACGCUGAAGCGGGUGUCUACAUUCUUUACAGAGGAAACCCAGUCGUCAAGAACAAUCGUAUCUGGUCAGGACAGGCGGCGGGAGUGGCUGUCACCGAGGAAGGGCGUGGUCAGAUCUGUCAUAACGAUAUCUGUGGUAUGGAAUGGGGUGGAAUAGAUAUCAGGAAUGGCGGUAACCCUGUUGUGUCCAAUAACUAUAUAAGGGACGGUCAAGCUGAUGGGAUUGUGAUUGGUGUAGGUGGCAAAGGCAUUAUAAUGGAUAAUGACAUCAUAGGUAACAGUGGUUGUGGUGUUUGGUUACUAACUAUCUCUAAACCUGUUAUUUACAAUAAUCGAAUUGGUGAAAGUGGAGAUUGUGGAAUCUCUUUUGUAAGCAACAGCGACAUUGUUCACGAGAACCAACAGCUAAGCUCGCAGUUCUCCCAACAAGAACAAGAUCAGGAGCAUCUUCUUCAACCAUUUUUUUACGAUGAAGAUGUGACUUCUUCAGCAAACUUUGAUGACCACGAUCAUACCCAAGAUAUCACAGGGCCCAAGCCAGAUAAAAACUUCGCAACAGUCGACAAUAACGUUAUCUUUGAAAACAGUGGUCAUGGGAUCCACUUCUGCGCCAAUGAAGGACUCCUUAUAAGGGAGAACUGUAUCCAUAGUAACCAAGGAUGCGGUGUCAGUAUUACAAAGCCAGCGGACAUUACCAUUCAAGAUAACAUGAUAUGUGAUAAUGAGGGCUCAGGCAUCAUCCUAGAUACAAGUUCUUCCGCUAGUAUCCAUGGUAACGGUAUCUACGGCAACCAAAAACAUGGCUUACAUAUUUCUGGAAAGGGGGGUGUGCGGGAAAACGAUGUGUUCUUGAACUCUCUCAGUGGGAUUCAAAUUUGUGGUCCUGGUGACCCUUUCGUUGCGCGAAACCGAGUGCAGUCCGCCAAGCAUCAUGGUAUAAGUAUCAUGGAAAACGCGCGUGGAUUUGUUGAGUGGAAUGACAUAUUUGAAGCUAAAGUCUCUGCUCUGUACAAACAUCCAGAAAGCACAACACAUAUUUACAAUAACAAUGUGGUUUCUAUCAAGCUCUCCGAGUCAAGGCCGUUCUGUACGUAUGACAUCAAGACCAUGGAAUGUAAACUUGAUGAAUCUGUAACCCUAGAAGAAAACGCGCCUCCAUUACGACCUGCAACCAACAAAACCAACGAAAAACAUAAACUACGAUUAGGUAAUGCCGCAGGACAGACAAGGAUCGUUUCACUGUAUGCUGGAUGUCAUGGAAGGACACGGUUCUGCGUCAUCUCCUAACUGUUACGUCACCAAAUUUACGUCAUUAUUAAAGAGCGUCAUAGUUUUUAAAGAUAUCCCAGAAUCCUUUGUGUCGCAAGUUGCUCGAGAAUCUUCUCGUCAGACAGGGAUUUUGAUUUUGUAAAACAGCUUUACCAUUGUAGUGAGAGUGCUCGCUCUGCGAGAUCCUAGCGCUAUUUGAUAAUCACAUUAAUACAACGAGUCUCGUUGUUUCAAGUCUUAGUCUCAUUCAUUGAAGGGUUGAUCUCAGUGUGACAUUUAGCAUUUUGAAUAGGUGUUUUGAAAUUUAUUGAAAUGUUUUGCUGUUUUCAACGGUUUUCAGCAAUUGCAUUCAUUGCAGGUCACAUAAGAAAGUUUACUAAAAGUCGUACAUUGUGCUUUUUGAAUUUAUUGUGUUCAAAACAUGAAAGACAAGCUUUAUUAUUUUAGGCCUGAAAGGCGUGUAGGAUAAAUGUAAGAUAGAAUUUACAAGUAUUAUAUUUAUUGUAAAAUAUGUAUAAUAUAUAGGAAUGAAAUAAAUCCCUUGAUAUUGACA